CGAGAAGCAUCAAAUUUUUAUUGCAUCCAUAUCUGACGGUACGGCUCUGUAUGUGCCUUGUGGCGUCUAUUAGUGCUAGUGUAUUCCUCUGUCGCAUGCAGCGCAAGUGUUAGUGGGCACGUUAGUUUUGUGAAAAGUGAGAGAGAAUCGCGAGCUUCUUUUUUUUGACAUUCGAUUAUUAUGGUGUUUCAAUAAUACGAAUCUGAUCAGAAAACAACACGCGCAGUUCGGAACGAGUGAGGCUCGGUUUUUUACGCUUUGUGCGAAAGGAUAGGACAAGAGAAAGGAAGCAAAUUUCGAUUAAAAGUGGUGCAGCCUCUUCAGGCUAAGUAGGUACGUGAUUACGUUCGAUAGUUUGUUGUACAUUCAAAGCCAUCAAUGACUGCCGUGCCGUGUGGAAUCAAUGAAGCCCUCGUUUCGCGUUACUUUUCAAUAGCUGGCGGCUGAUCUGAUACGAGUGUUUUGAUAGUGGCAGCGACGAGGAAAUCAUUGUGCUGCUGGAUGAUUUUGUAAAAGAAAAUAAGACUUGGUGUUUUCAUUUUCUUUGCCUUUCCGGAUCAAAUUUCAAGUGUCGAGAAAGUGAUACCUAUCAAAAGGUAUGACCUUUAAUAAAAAGGUUUGCUAUUAAUGUGAGACCACAAAAGUGAGUGCAAAAUAUACAAAGAUUACUUUUAGUAAAAGAUUCAACACAAGAAAGUGGAGAUGAUUUGGUGAAGUUUAUUGAUUUUUGUGCCGUUCUCUUUCGUGAAAACCUGUUUCUCCGCUGGAGCGAAUCCUCACAGGCCUGUGUGCUUGUGCUGCAUCGGAAUGCUGCCGUGCUGAUCGAAAUACGAAACCAAAAACUUUUUCGAUACAGUGCUGAAUAAGAAACAUGGUCUAUAACCAAGAUUUCGAGUGAUUUGCUUGACUAUAAAAGCUUAACUAUGCAGGCAAUCUUCCGGCAAACGGCAAGCGCUACCACUCGAUUGUACUCUAAUUCAAGUUCCCGCUAAGCCGAUUUGAUACAGAUGUUGAUGGAAACUAUCGGCUCGGCGGCUGACCCACACUAGCACUAGCUCUAGCAGCAGCAGCAGCAGCAGUAGCAGCCUCCGGCCACUUGCUGUCGAUACAUGAGUCAAGCAGCAGUGAGCAGGGCAACAAAGCAUAAAACCUCAACCCCAACGGCUCCUCCAGCUAGACUGGUCAGCAACAACACACAUUCUUCAGACGGGAAAGAAAUAUACUGUUAAAAGCUUCACCGUACGACGUACGUUUGUGCCAAACUCCAAAUUCUCACACCACCGUUGUGUGGGUAAUAAUUCGACCUGCUAUUUCCACCAACCCCAGCAGCAUCCAGCAGCGCACCGGUACAAUGAUCGAGAUAAACAGUGAGCCUCUUCACCCACUCCGUUGUUGGACCUCCGCGAAGCCGUAUACUAGCUUGGUAGCCUCGCAGAAGAGAGUGUGGAACGCCACGAAAACGGUCUGCGCAGGUUCGUCCGGCAACGACAGUGCCGCACUUGAACUGUAACUGCACGCACCUGUUUUUAGUUAGGCGGUCAUAAAACGUGGUCAUCGCUCAGCUGUUUCAACCUUAACUAGAGGGCUUAAAAAGAGAAACAAAGACGAAAGCUCCGCGUGGAACAAGGAAAGGCGCAACAAUUGCCCGGCGUAAAUCUGGGGAAAACACUCUCUUGGCCGUUUGUGAUUCAGUAUCGAUUCAGAGUUCAUACCAGUCGGAGCCUCCGAGCUCGGACGGAUCGGUUUGAAGCGUCGGAGCCCACACUAAGACGAACGUGAAAAAUUUAGAUGAAAAAAAAAUCUACGAGAAUGCAAACAACGUCCAUCAGGGAGAGGAAGCGCUUUACUCUGCUUGGUAACCUCGAUUUGCCAAAGUGAAGAUUAUGUAAAUGAUCGGGAGCUGUGUGUUGUUUUUUCACAUUCACACCAUUGUGUGUCUUGGCUAGUGAUUCUACCAACAGACUGGAGAACCUGCAGGCAUCACGCCGAUCAAACAUCCAACGUGGUGCGGCGGGCACAAGAGUAAGCGCCGGACGACCGGAGUGGUGAAGGCCGGUUUUUGUUGGACGGCGGCCCACACUGCCGCCGCCGGUUGUUUGCCAGAGAUAGAGAGAGAGUGAGAGAGCUGCAGCCUGCACGACGAUCGCUCAGCGGAAAAAGGGGAGCUUAAUCUUAUCACAAAAUUGCGCCGCUAGUAGUGCGCGAGAAUCAAACGAUUUCGCAAGUGCUCGACGACGGUAGCGGCGGGAGUCGGUGAAAUCAUAUUUUGUUUCAAUUCAUAACACUCGAGUGAGUGUGUAGAGCAUCCAUCCAUCCGUCGGUCGGACGGUCGGAACGUCGCAAAAUAGUUUGCUUUAACCUACCGAGCCCGGCCACGUGACGACAGGGUUCGAUUCGACUUUUUUUGUGCUUCGAAACUGAUGCCACAGCAACAACAACACCCGUCGUGGCGAGUUGGAUGAACUGGCGAAUGUCGUGUUUUCGCUGAGAUCAGCUGAGCCAGCGUCUAAACGGAUCUACGGCAGAGUAAAUCGCAGUGUUUGUGAACUCGUUGUGUGGCUGAUUCCAGUGUUAUUAGCAUAAUUUCGCGUAACUAAAAUAAAAGUUGCUAGUAAAGACAACAUUAAAAAUGCUGACUUCGACUAAAAACAAUCCAAGUGCGGUGAACACGACGACGACGGUGGAGGUUACCCAGUAGGGGACGCCUUCUGAUACGCGGUGGUACACUAGUUAGUGCGGUGAUAGAAACAAGCGAAAUUUUCCAUUACCACGUCGAAAGUGAUCUGCUGAAUCAGAAAUAAUGGAACUCAGUGAUUUAAGGGAAGAUUAUAGCCUGUGUGCAGAUUGAACUCAAUCGAAAGUGAUUUGAACAGUGAUCAUUUUGCAAUCGGUGUUCGAAGUGGACAGAUCAGCCGCAAAUGCGACCCUGAUUUUAGAAACUGGUUUGAGAAGAUGUAUUGGAUACGGUCGAAAAAACUAAAAGAGCGAUUAGCGCUCGGCUUCGGCGCCUCGCUUGUGCUGUUCACAAUCCUGCUGGUGAUAGACCUGCAGAUGGACCUUGGGGUGUCGCGGGGUGAGUUCAUACCGUCUCACGCAAAAAUCCGGUUCGCCAACGAGGAUGACAAAAGCGGUAUAUAUAACGAAUUCCAUCGGAAGUUUUUGGCUAAAAGCAACGCUUCCGGUUCGAAAGAAUAUCUAACGACGAAUCCACACACCCGAGGCCGGACGGACACGUCGGGAGCGGGAUUGCCAGGAAAGCCAAUCACCACUACACCACCGCACGAUCGGUUCAAGGAUCUGGCAGCUGUGGUUGUGGCACCAAAGAAUCGUCGCAACCCCCAGUUCUUCGAACGCAUCGUAGUGAAAGAAGACUACACGGAUGACGGAAAUCCGACUCUUGCCGAGAUGUUGGACUUGCGAGUAAGUUCAAACGCAUCCAAUCUGGAAAAGUUCCAACUUUCAAUUACCAAAAAUGAGCUCUACUCCAAGAACGAUCGACUCGUCGAUGCUGUGAUAAACGAUAUGAUAACGCUUCCAAUAAAACACGUAGUGCAAAAAGAGGGCGGAACGCAAAUCAAACUAAUUAUCGAAUACCCAAAUGAGAUACACGCUCUGUUCAAGCCGAUGCGUUUCCCGCGGGAGCAGCAAACACUCCCGAAUCAUUUCUACUUUACCGAUUACGAACGACACAAUGCCGAAAUUGCGGCAUUCCAUCUGGACCGAAUAAUGGGCUUCCGGAGGGCAAUGCCCGUUACCGGCAGGAUACUGAACAUCACCACCGAAAUCGAAGCCGUUUGCGAUGAAAAUCUACUGAAAACUUUCUUCGUGUCCCCGGCACGCAACAAGUGUUUCCACGGAAAAUGUUCCUACUAUUGUGAUACGUCGCAUGCCAUCUGCGGCAACCCCGACACGCUGGAAGGAUCGUUCGCCGCAUUCCUACCGACGCAGCCGGAUACACAGCGAAAAGUGUGGCGUCACCCGUGGCGCCGGUCAUAUCACAAGCGCAGGAAGGCCCAGUGGGAAACCGAUCCGGAUUACUGCGCCAUGGUUCGCGACAUUCCCCCGUAUGACGAAGACCGACGUCUGUUGGACCUAAUGGACAUGUCGGUGUUUGAUUUCCUGACCGGCAACAUGGACCGGCAUCAUUACGAGACGUUCAAAAUUUUCGGAAACGACACGUUUCCCAUUCAUCUGGAUCACGGUCGAGGAUUCGGUCGACCAUUCCACGAUGAACUAACCAUUCUGGCGCCAGUGCUACAAUGCUGCCUGAUUCGUUCGUCGACACUGGAGACAUUGUUGUUGCUGCACAACGGUCCCAAGCCGUUAUCCGAGCGGCUACGGGAAACGAUGGCAUCCGAUCCCAUCGCACCUGUCCUCUGGGAACCACAUUUGGCCGCACUGGACCGGCGGGUAGGUAUUAUUCUGCAAGCCGUUCGCGAUUGCGUUAAGAAAGCUUCCGAAGAGGAAGACUUCGAUGGCGGCCGAAAUCAGCUCGGUAACGGUGACAGCUUCUCCUAGCGUUCCUAUCGUCGGCGAGCGACGAAUCGUCUCUACCAGAUACUGAUCGAUCAAAACAGAAACGAUGCAAACCGGAUCGGUCCGUACAAGAAAGUGUACAUAGUUUAAUCCGCUGGAUGUGUGUGAGCCAUUGGGAUGAGCGAGAGUCGAACUGAGAGUGAAGGUGAACGUGUGUGCAAGGGAUUAAGGCCGCGAAAGAGAAAUUGCGCGGAACGGAGGCUAGCCGAUUUCCGUUAGUGAAUGCGGCAUCGGGCAGGUUGUUUAUUGUAGCUCAUUAUUAUCAUAAAAUGAUAGCUGAAUACAGACGAUGGAGCACUGUCGUGUUCUAAAUAUUUCGAUUGAAUGAUUGCGAGGUGUUGAAAAAAUGGUUAUGAAAAAAUAGGCUUCGCUGCUGAAAAUGGACUACAUUUUGAUGUGUGUACUUGUGUGUGGUUAUACAUAUGGUCGGAUAGACUUGCUGUAAUGAGAGGCCAAAGUUGUAAAUGAGCAAAACCCAAAAAAGCUAUUACCGAUCCAUUCGCGGAUCUAUAUAUUUACGUUUUAAACGAUAGAGAUGAUAUUAGAUGUUCUUGUUUCCGUUAAGUUUUACCCCCCGUAUGUGAAAUGUGAAAUGCAACCCCAUCUUUAUUUUGUUAUUAAUCUAAAAUGAACAAAUAUCUCGAACAAAUUUCAUCUCAUGUAUAGAAAACACAAUACAAAAAAAAAUACAAAAAGAUAAACCCAUCAAUCAUGUUCGUUCUUAAUCGUAAGCCGUACUAAAAUGAAUGCCAAAUUUUCUACACGAACAAAUAACUAAACAAGGAGCCACUACAAAGCCAGUAAAUGCAGCGAACAAACAAAACGGAUGCCCUUUGUCCAAGGCUAAAAAUAAUCCAAGUAAAAAAAAUAUUAAUGUUUUUAUUCUCGACCGGAAGCGUCCGCGCUUGUCGACAUCCGGCGUCGACAUUGACAGUGUGUAUUUUUCGGUCCGUGUUCCCUGUGGUGCUAUAAAAUUCCUGACGGCAGUAACAAAAACAAAAAAAAAACAAAAUUACCGCACCUCUCAAAGUGCAAAUUGAAACUUUCCUUUUAUAUUUCGCCCGGAGUGAAAAACAGAAAUAAAACGUCAAUGAACAAACAAAAACAGUAAAAAUUUUGCUUUAUACAACGCCUCACGGCCAGCCGAACCCCGGUGACUGAUUGCGACGCAAAUUGGGAUCAUUAAUCAAAUCGGCAUUCAACUAUAUAAAUAUAGACUGUCGCAUCCUUCCGUAAAUUAAUUUUUGUUUUUGUUUUUUUCCUUCCUUCAACGAGGAUACAACUGGAGCUACAGAGAUAAACGAAAGCGAAAACAAUAAUAAUUAUAAUUCUUUUUAAUUACACAUGUACAACAAUUGGCAACCAGCUGUGAAAAAAGAGGGAAUCAAAUUUGUUAUGUUAAAUUUUCCCUGCAAUACGUGAUUACUGAGUGGAGCAAGUGUUCUGUCUGUUCCGUCAGGAACGCCAUGCUGCAGUGCCUAGUGGCGCGAAAGUGUAUUCGGGUAAAUUUUAAUGAACAGUGCGUUGUCGACACCUUUUGCUACCUAUUUUUCGGCCAAACACCUGGUCGCCAACCGAUCAAAUCAAAAUUUUAAGAUGAAACUGACCGAUGGCACCUGCAACUGCAGCAUGAGCCACCUGACUAUAAUCAUUGUUUGCAAACUCUUCCGGGUGCUGCUCGCAUUCGGUGGAUUUAAAUUUAAAUGCUAAAAAUCGUUCUCUCGACCGUAAGGCUGUUUAUAUUCUGAUACUAUUUAUAAUUUAUUCGAUGAUAGAGUAUAUUGUAUAGCAAAGAACAAUAAAAGCGUAAUGUAAGAAAAAUUGGAAAAAUAAAAAAUCAGUACCGUUGUUGUUG